AUGGCAGAUCAGGGUGGCCUCCCUCCACCGGCAGGUCCGCUGUCUCGCGCCCUGUGGAAUUUCUCAUCGCUGUGGUUCAUCGUUCCUCAAGGAACGGGUAUAAUAGCCGUGAUACUCUAUCGAUUGAGAUACCAAUUCAACGGGCUAAAAACCCUCGCCACGAUCGUAUGGAUCUACACCAUUGUCCAGCUCGGUUUGUUCCUCAUCCUCUACCUCUUGCGCAUAUUCCUACACCCAAGACAUGUCCUACACCAGCUGCGGAACAAAACGGUCGAAACAUCCUGCCUCUGCUGCAUCUCCAUCGCCUUCACCUCCAUCCUCCAGAUGGCCGCCCUCAAAUACGGAGACACAGCCGGGCUGGCCAUCUACAUCCUCUGGUGGAUAAACACCGGCAUGGCCGUACUCGCCUGUAUGGUGAUACCAUUUGUCCAUCUCAAGAUGCAGCAGUCGGGCGAACGACACAUGCAAGCUGACACGUUGAUGCCAUUUCUUGCGGCUUUGACGUCUGCCGCAGGUGGUGGGGUUAUAUGUCGCGUCAUGCCUAUCAGCCCCCGUCUCCAGGUCCCUGCUAUCAUUGUCUCCUACCUCGAACUUGGGGUCGGCCUUGCCCUUGUUGCUGCGUUCGAUACCAUUAUACUCGCUCAGUACUUCGGUCGCACAUUCCAGACAACGGACAUGGUGUAUCAGGAUAUGAUUAUGUGCGGCCCGUGCGGACAAGCUUCGGUCGCGCUCCAGGCCUUGGGCGAGGCUGUUCAGGCCGGUAGCUUUGCGGCGUAUGACCGCGGCCAGCUGCUGACUGCAAAGGCGGCUGAUCCCUUUGCUUUUAUCAGCCAUUUCAUGGGUCUUCUUAUCUGGGGGUAUGGUAUCUUUUGGUGGUUCUUUGCUAUCCUAAGUAUUUGUUAUACCCUAUACACUCAACCUGGGGGCUUGAAACAGUCACGGUUCACCAUGUCUGUGUGGUCUGUGGUCUUUCCAUGGGUGCGUAUGCUGGUUUCUCUGGUUGUCUUGAGAGGUUUUCUAACAAUCCUUCGAUUUCUCCAGGGUACUUUCACCAAUGCUGCUGUUGAAUUUGGGAGGCUUAUGAAUUCUCCUGCAUUCGAUGUAUUUUCCACUGCCCUUUUACUGCUGCUCGUAAUCGGGUGGAUAAUCAUACAGAUCUUGACACUGAAGGGCAUAGUGACAGGGCGAGUAUUUGGCCUGGAUCACGGAUGGAGAAAACGAUAUGAUGACCGACGGCCUGCGGUCAUCAAAGAAGCGUGA